CUUCUUCCAGCCACUCACGAGCACGUCACAACAAGCCACAAGGAGAAAAGACGACGCGCCGUCGCCAUGUCCGGCGGAGAGAAGAGAGCGAGGGAGGAGGUGGAGGCGUUGCUGGCGCAGACGAAGCUGAUGGAUGGGGUGAAGCACAAGAUCAGGGCCAUCGCCAACAACACGUGUGGGGAUUAUGAGAACUUGGGUGGUUAUGGCCUCGGCGCCAUUGAGGCGCGUGCGGUGGCCGAGGCGCUCAAGGACAACACCUGCCUCAAACGACUCUACCUGUGGGGCAACUCCAUCGGUCCUGAGGGCGCUGUGGCGUUGGCGGAGAUGUUGAAGCACAACACGACCCUCGAACGACUCAGCCUGCGAUGGAAUUCCAUCGGCGAUGAGGGCGCUGCGGCGUUGGCGGAGAUGCUGAAGCACAACACGACCCUCGAAGAACUCAGCCUGUACAACAACUCCAUCGGCGAUGAGGGCGCCGUGGCGUUGGCGGAGAUGUUGAAGCACAACACGGCCCUCGAAACACUCUACCUGGACAACAAUUCCAUAGGCGACCAGGGCGCCGUGGUGUUGGCGGAGAUGCUGAAGCACAACACGACCAUGACAGGACUCAACCUGGGGGCCAACUCCAUCGGCGAUGAGGGCGCUGUGGCGUUGGCGGAGAUGCUGAAGCACAACACGGCCCUCAAAGAACUCUACCUGGAGGGCAAUUCCAUCGGCAACCAGGGCGCCGUGGCGUUGGCGGAGAUGCUGAAGCACAACACGACCCUCGAACGACUCUUCCUGGAACGCAACCGCGUCGGCGAUAAGGGCGCUGUGGCGUUGGCGGAGAUGCUGAAGCACAACACGACCCUCACAGGACUCAACCUGGGGGCCAACUCCAUCGGCGAUGAGGGCGCUGUGGCGUUGGCGGAGAUGCUGAAGCACAACACGACCCUCACAUGGCUCGGCAUUGGCCGCAAUCGUAUCACGGAGCGUGGCAUGGUCAAUGUGCUGAAGCAGCUGCAACACAUCGACGCCAAGGCUAAGAUUCGGCUGUUUGAGGACAAGCUCAAAUCCUCCACUGCAGUUGCCCGUGCACUGGCCACGCUCCGCACCAAGCAGCCAGACAUCAACGUUGUCUUCGCGCCUUUUGAUUCAGAGGACAAGUUUGACUCUUCCGCCAAGGCCGCCUAUCAAGACCGGCUCGAUCUUCUCAGGCUGCUAGAAACAGGCUCCGUCCCUCUUGAGACAGCGAAGGUGUUCGUCUGCGGCGACUACGGCAUCGGCAAGACGACCAUGAUUGAGUCGCUUCCCGGCAGUCUGUUUCGCCGCUUCACACGGACCAUCUUCCAACCAGCAAAUGACCCAGACCGCUCAAACGAGCGCACACCCGGCAUUCGGGUGUGUGAAAUGAAGCUGAAAGACACCACAAGCCAAGGCAGCGACGGUGACAACGCUGCUUCUCUUCGCGUGUACGAUUUUGGUGGGCAGCUCGCAUAUCACGUCAUCCACACGCUGAUGAUGUCGGAUCGCUUCGCUGCCUUUGUCGUCUGCGUCGACCUCUCUGAGCCUAAAGAACAUGUGAAGGAGCGCGCCAACUACUGGCUGCAGUUCAUCUGCACGCGACUGCAGCAGGGCAUUGCAGCAGCCACAGCAACGGCAGACGGCGGUGCCAUGGAAGAGGUGAAGCCGCGCGUCGUGAUCGCGGGCACCAAGAGGGAUCUUGCUCGCGAUAAGGCGCUUGUUGAUGAACAUGGUCAUCCGCCCUGGGGUACAGCGAUGGUCGCGGACCUGAGGAGACAAUCAACCAAACCCGGUUCUUCGCUCUUAUUUGGCGACAUCGUCGAUAUCCAAGACAGCUUCAUCACUCUCAACUGCCAUCAGGGCGGCGAGGCCGGUUUUGAUGUGCUCCGAUCACAGCUUGUUGACCAUUGGCAUUGGCUGAGAGGGCGAGAGGUGUUGGUGCCACAGGUGGUGAAUGAAGUGGCAGGGGCCUUAAAGAAAGCAGUGAAGAACAAGGCGAUGUGGAGCGUGGGUGAUUUAUUGGACUUUGUUCGUGGCAGCGGGAAUGGCAUCGACCUCAUCUCCGCGAUCCAAGAGGGCACCUUCCACCAAACGCUCAGGUACCUCCACACACGCGGCGAUCUGCUCUGGUACUCCAGCACGCCCUCCCUGGCGGACUUCGUCUUCGUCGACCCGAACUGGCUGCUUCAUGACGUGUUGGGGAGAGCGCUGACGCCGGAUGGCGUGCAGCAAGGCUCCAUCACAAAGAAAGGCGUCGUGACCUUCACGGACCUGGAAACCGCAUUCCGAGGCAUUGCCACCGCAGAUCUUGUCAUCAGCGUGCUGCAGCACACGCUCCUCUGCUUCGAGCUGCCGCCUUCGAACGAUGGCCAGCGGCAAUUCAUGCUGCCGAGCCGUGUUGAGAAGAAGGCCGAUCUCGCAACCGCCUGGCCUCGAACGGGCUUCUGGCCCGUCUACGGUGGACGACUGCUGGUGGUCGAGAGCAAAGCACUUGCAUUACCACCUGGCUUCUUCCCACACGUGCAGACUUUGUUGCACAAGUCUUUUGGCGCAACGCUGAAGGUGUGGCCAGACGCCUUUUUCUGUGAACACGAUGGCGUGCAGUGCCUCGGACUGCUGCGAGGCGAACGAGAAGUGGACGUCUGGGUGCGGGCGCCUUCUGGCGCAGAGCACAAGGCCCUGCCGUUCAUGACAAAAGUGCUGUCUGUGCUACAAGGGGAAGCAAGAGGGAUUGACCAUGUCCACCUCGUCCUCAGCACAAAACACCUGAAGCGCCACGAGAAAUACCCAGCCGCUCACAAGCUUGGGGACCUGACAGGCAAGGACCCAGACGAGCUCGUCACGUCCACGCACCACAGGGAAAGCCAGAACCCAGUGUCCGAUCGCGUUGGCGAUCUGUUGCUGCAGGCGCCCGCGCAUCCGCCACCUGUCAUGCCGUCUUGGCAGUUGCGCGACCACGAAUGGCACCACCCUGCAUGGCGGCUCGACGAUGCCUUUGAUGAGCAGCUUCCAUGGAGGGGGCCAAGUGAACAUGGAGUGUAUUCAGCACCACUGCCACCAGACACUGACUUGUACCGGUGGAUAGAGAGCCGGAUGACGCCGGGCCUCACCCUGUCGCGCGUGGAGAUGAUCAAGUCCACCAUGAUGCUGCGGGCGUUCAAAGCGCAGGUGGAGCGGUCGGCAACGCGUCGUGGUGACACGAAAACAACAAACAAAUUCAACAAGGACUUUGGGCUUGGUGAUCCAGAGAAGCGCGCCAUGCUCAAACAACUCAAGAUGCAGUUUGCAAAAACACGCACCGGCUUGAAGCACGUCAACAUCCUUGUGGGUUUCCAUGGGUGUGACGAGGCUGUCGCUGACAGCAUCAGUGCGUGCGGGGCAGCGAACUUUAGCAGCCCGGGCGACCGUGGCUUCUUCGGAUCUGGCAUCUACCUCACACCGCAGACAAGCUAUGCCGCAGGGUACUCCACGCGUGUUUUGUUGAAUGGUGAUUUGCGCUCAUCCAAUGCAAAUGGAGAGCACGUGAUGCUCCUGUGCGCUGCCAGCGUUGGCCUGGCAUACCCGAUCACCCGGGCCGCAGAUUACCCCCAUGGCUCGAAUGAAUGCUCCUACUAUGGGAAGCCUUUUGAUGAAAGCCAAGACACCCACUAUGCGCAGGUGACACGCGCCACCAACUUACAGGCCACGCCCACACCUGGCACGUUUGCCUUUGAGGAGUACGUCGUUUCGCAAGAGGCGCAGGUCCUCCCAUUUGCCAAGGUGUUUGUGAAGGUGGACAUGGGCGCCUAUUUGUCGCACUUGUCAACCCUGCCAUGAACACCAAGAGUGGAGACGAUGUCGUUCACAUGCAACCUUUGUUGUUGUUGUGUGUGUGUGUGUGUGUGUGUGUG